GUGCCGAGUAGGUAGCCAGCGGGACGAAUUGCACGGGACGAAUUGCAUCGGACGAAAUACGGUAAUUAGCUAGUAGGUAUAGUUCCUGCACAUGUAAAAGUUCUAAUGUUAUUACGUCGUGCCUGGACACGCGACGAUUCCUCCCUAACCUAACUUAGCUCGGUUCUUAUCCUAUCGUCUUGUGCCCUUCCUCCUUACUUUCAUAAUCAUCAAUGUUUGUUCGUCUCAUCCGAACCGUGUACCCCUCUACCGCUACGAGGCUGUUAUCGACCGACACAUCGUUAAGAACACCAGCCCGCCGGGUGCGACGUCGAAUCGCUGCAGCUGAAUUGACAUGAUUCACCAAAAAUUCCAUACUUAGCUGAGCUGAGACAAAGUGAUAAUUGCGUUUUCUGUAAUUAGCUGGGCACGGAGGAAAGAAAAGGAGUUAUCGGAUAUAUUCGCUCGAAUCUCGCCGCAACCAUCCAUUAGGCAUCAAUUCGCCACGGUGUCGCGAAACUUGUUCAUUCAAUCUAGAUAAAUAUGGGAUCCAAGGCUGAGGCUUCGAGAAUGCCUACCCUUCCCCCGAUUGAGAUUCCAAGUCAGUACGAGGUUAUAUCGCGACCCAGAGCAAACUCGAAAUCGAAAUAUAAGUCUCCCGUUGACCCAGUCCUUCGCAAUGCCAUAAGAUAUACCAUCUCAGCUCGCGAAUAUGAAACUCUCCAUAAAUAUGUCUUAUCACGGUCGCGUCUGCUGAGAAAGAGGGUACCUAGCGUAAACGCCGUCGAAAGGUAUAUGGAGGGCGGUGGGAUAAGGAGGGGUUCCAUGGUAGAUGGAGACGUCGAUGGAGGGAAAGAGAGGCCAGAUAAGAGCAGUGACGAUGGGGGAGACACGUAUAAUGCGCGUGCUAUCAGGGACUCUUUGCGUGUAUUUAUGGCCACUGGCCUGGGAGUACGAGCUUACGAGGCGGUGAUGAUGAGGUUAAAGUCGCAGAAAGAGACGGCUGCACCGAAGAAGAAACACCCUUUUUACAAGUCUUCUGGUCUUCGAUUGUCGCUAUCGCUAUCUACCAUCUUACUAAUGUACCGCCUCCUAUUUCGCUUUCUCAGCCGAUUACGAGCCCAUCUACUAGACAAGUCGGCAGCCCCCUUCCGCAAUAGAAACCCUAGGAUAACACAAGCACUUACAUCCCCCUAUGCGCCGGCUGUUGGUGCUAGCCUUGCAGGGUUAGCUUUAGGCAUAUAUCCCUCUCAGCAGCUGCGCGUGACAGUAGCCAUCGCAGCUAUAUUCCGUGCUCUAGAAUUUGGCUGGAACCUAUGCGAGGACGAGGGGCUAAUUUGGGGCUGGAAGGUCCGUGCAGGAGGGAAGGGGGUAGUCAAACGAGAGCGUCCGUGGUGGUGGGGGAGUUGGAUGCUUCAGCCAUUUGCUUUUGGACAGCUAUUGCACGCAGUAGUGUUCGACCAGGAGUCAUCUCCAGUUGCCUUUGUCGACAUGAUCUGGAAGAACUCCACCACCUAUAUUCAUGGGGCGCCUAGAAAUCUUCCCGAUGGGAACCAGUGGCCUAACGCUUGGGAGAUUGCUGAUAAUUUAGCUCAGAUGGCCAAACUGAAUUGGCCGACAUUCGUUCCACCGACACUAUUCCCGGAACAGGAAACCUUACCAUCAACACUCGCAGCUGUCGCUCCCUUAGUCUCACGAGCUCACCCUCUAAUCACUUCUUUGAGCUGUGCUACCCUCCAUCCCUCGGACCCCUCCUGUCUUCGUACCUAUCUUACAUUUUGGGUACGAUCAUUUCCACGGAUGAGCCGGUUCUUUUUGCUGUUCUAUUCAGUACUCAUGCUUCCACGAUAUAAAGUACUAUACCAUUCACCAUUGUACCUUGUAAAUCGCCUCAUAACUAGGAUUCUCCGGAUGUCGAUGUUUGCUACAGGGGGCAUAUCAACGGCGUGGGCAAGCAUCUGCUUCUUCCAGACCUGGCUGCCACGUGGAUUCCUACCAUCACAACGUUUCUUCCUGGGCGGGUUCUUGGCGGGCUUAUGGGCAUGGGUGGAGCGUAAAGAAGGAAGAAGCGUAUUCUUAUACAGCGCACGAACAAGCGUGGACUCAUUGUGGAAGGUAGGUGUUAAGCGACGAUGGUGGCGUGCUAUGAAGGGAGGAGACGUGUGGAUAUUUGUAUUAGCUAUUGCUAUAACCGGCGCAGUAUAUGAAAGGGAUGCAAGGGCCAUUCGCGAGACACACGUUAAAAAAGGGGUUAGUUGGGCGCGAGGCUCAGGUUUUAAAGAUUGGGGACUAGAAAACGAUAUUGAAAAUGAAACAUGUAAUCGAGUUUAACGAAAGGAAUUAUUUUUAUUUUAAUAAGUUUAAUAUAUUUUAAUCGAGUUUCGAAA